AUGGUAAAAAACCCUGGCCUUAUUCCGUCACUCGAAAGCCUUCGCGGCGGCGAUAUUUCCAAAAAGCGCAAGAUGAUCAAGGACAUGCUGCACGGCUUCUGGCUCUCCUGUGUCGAGCCGGAUGAAUUGUCUGGCCAGGCGUUCGUGGCCGACGCCAUCAUCGCCAACCCCCCGAGCUUCGCCCACGUCCAUUGCGCCGAGGCGCUGGCCGUUCCCCUGCACAUGAUGUUCACCAUGCCCUGGACAAGUACCCGUGCCUUUCCUCAUCCUCUGGCAACCCUCAAGACGGACAACAUAGAGCCCGGCACGGCCUACUACAUGAGCUACGGCGUUGUUGAUUUCAUGACUUGGCAGGGAUUGGGAGACAUCAUCAACAACUGGCGAUCGAAUGACCUGAAUCUGGAAAAGGUCCCCGCCUGCGUUGGACCAGGUCUCCUCGACACGCUCAAGGUUCCGUGGACCUAUUGCUGGUCUCCGACCCUGGUUCCCAAGCCACAAGACUGGCCUUCCUACAUCGACGUCUGCGGCUUCUUCAUGCGAGACGAGCCGGAAUAUGAGCCGCCCCGCGAGCUCGCCGACUUCCUCGAGUCGGGGCCCAUGCCGGUCUACAUUGGAUUUGGCAGCAUAGUUCUUGAAAACGCGCAAGAAAUGACGCGCACCAUUUUGCAGGGCUGCGAAAGAGCCGGCGUGAGAGCCGUCAUCUCGCGCGGUUGGAGCAAUCUGGGCGGUGACUCGCCCAACACCAAGGACGUGUUUUAUCUAGGGGACUGUCCGCAUGAGUGGCUCUUCAAGCGCGUUGCCGCCGUCGUGCACCAUGGGGGUGCCGGGACGACGGCCUGCGGCCUGCUCAACGCUCGACCUACUUUCAUCGUCCCCUUCUUCGGCGACCAGCCGUUUUGGGGUAGCAUCAUCGCCUCCAAGGGCAUCGGACCGGUUCCUAUCCGGCAUCAGGACCUGGACGCUGAUAAUUUGGCCUCCGCAUUGCGCUUCUGCCUCGAGCCCGAGGUGCAGAAGUCGACGCAAGCAAUGUCCGAGCUGAUACGUUUAGAGCACGGCGUCAAGUCGGCCGUCGAAUCCUUCCACGCUCGGCUACCCGCUGCGAACAUCACCUGCGACCUGAGUCACAAUCAUCCGGCUCGCUGGUCCUACUCCUUGCCACAAGCGCGCGGGACACGCCAACUCAAGCUCUCGGACACAGCGCUGGCCAUUUUACUCCAACGGAAACUGGUCAAGCCAUCCGAUGUGCAACCGCUGCGAGCGGUUCCUUAUCAUAUUGACAUCAAUCACUGGGACCCCCUCACGGCAGGAGCCGCUUCGCUUUUCGGCACCGUGUCCAACUUCACCGUCGCCCUCGGCGGCACUUUCGUCGAUCCAUACAAAAAGUAUCGGAGUGCCCUCUCGAGCGGGAAAGACAAAAAAACGGCGAGCCUCGCUUCAGCUGCAGCGGCCGGUAAGGGUCUCGGCCAGGCGAGCGGUUCCGUCGUGAAAGGGGCGUUGGUCGACAUGCCGCUUGCCUUGGCCGAAGGGUUGCGGGCCACGCCGAAGCUGUAUGGUGAUACCGUCGAGGACCAUGGAAAAGUGACUGACUGGAAGAGUGGCGGAGUCGUUGCGGGCAAGUCCUUUGGGUUUGGCAUGUACCGUGGCCUGACGGAAUUCGUGACGAAGCCAAUGGAUGGAGCGAAAAAGGAGGGCUCCUUGGGCUUCAUCAAAGGUGUCGGAAAGGGUUCCGUUGGCCUCAUCGCCAAGCCAGGUGCUGCCAUGGUUGGCCUCAUCGCAUACCCCGCCAAAGGGAUCUACGAAAGCAUCAAGGCGCUUAAUCGCAGUGGUCUGAAACGAUUGGAUAUGGCGAGAACAGCAAGGCUAGAGGCUGCUCGUGAGCUCGAGCUCGGUCCGGAGGCCGCUUUGCUUGCUCCCGGUGGUGAAUAA